CGGGCAGCUGAGGGUGGUGGUUGUUGGGGCGGGCUGUCUGCCGGAAGCACCGGCGGCGGCGGCGGCGGAUGGAGGCUGAACCGGAGCGAGCGGAGGCGCCACGGCGGAGGCUUGUUGCCGGGGUACUAGAGAUGGGCCGUCGGGCCCGGCAGGAGUUUUUUCCAGAUGAAAAUCCCAUCAGGAAGAGUUCGCAGUCUGCUGCUCUUGGAGAGGGUCCACCACCUAAACCUCCACGCCGGCAAGGAGGCUGGGCAGAUGAUGCUGUACUGGCAUCUACCAAGUCAGGAAGAAAACAUGCAGAAGAAGUAGAAGACCAUCGUCUCAGACAGCAGAGCCUGGAGGCAUCAGAUGAUGGAGGAGACAUUCCUGUGAUCCCUGACUUGGAAGAAGUCCAGGAGGAAGAUCUGGCCAUGCAAGUGGCAGCUCCCCCCAGUGUGCAGGUGAACCGAGUGCUGACCUACCAUGACCUGGACAAAGAUCUAAUGAAGUAUGCUGCCUUUCAAACUUUGGAUGGAGAGGUUGACCUGAAGCUUCUCACCAAAGUUUUGGCUCCAGAGCAUGAACUGCGAGAGGAUGGCAGCUGGGAUUGGGACCAUCUCUUCACAGAGGUGUCGUCAGAACUAGUGACUGAGUGGGAUUUGGGACAGUCUGAGAGAGAGGACCACCUCAGUCUGCCCUAGACCACUGGCACACCAGACAACUCAUACUUGUAUCUCCUGUAAAUAGUUUAGCACUUUAAUUUUCUAUUCACUUGUUUGUAUUUGAGAAUUUGAGACAUGAAAAUAAAUAGGACUUUUUUAUAGGAAAGGUUGGGAGAAGUUUUGGGUAUUUUGUAAUAAUAAUCUUUGUUCUCAAAAGAGAUGAAGAAUUUUAAAUAUAAUAAAAUAUUUACUUUGGAACAGUCACUUCCAUCUCAGUAGGACCUUUACAGGUAACUGCAAUGGGCAAUCUUUACCAAAAUGCAGCUUCUCUGCAGUGGGCCAUCAUACAAUGGAGUGUGGUUUUCAGUGAUGACUAUCAGAGAAGUUUAGGCUAAUAGAUUUGUUUGCCUAGGACAUUAAGAUUACCAUCUUUCUCACAAUAGAUGCCACAAGUUAAUGCCAGGUUAUUUGUUUUACACUUCAUCCAGCAGCCUCCAGCCAUGGCCUGCUAGUUUAACCUCUCUCCUGGAACAUUACCUCUGUAUUGACUGAGAGGAAGCAGCAACACCACUUCUUACAGCACCUCUUUUUUCACUUGAGGUUUCCCAGCUAAAGUCUGACCAGGCCUAACCCCACUUAGCUUUUGCAAUCAGUUGAGAUCACAGCCUGAAUGGAGAUAGCUUCAGGCAAUAGGUAGUUUGCAAUGAAAACACUGUUUAUUCCGUGCAUGUGAAAGAAUGGAGCCUGCUGCUCUGAAACAAGGUAACUCCCUGGUGGGUGUCUCCUUGGAGCCAAGUAAGCCACUCUUAUAGUCAUCUAAAGAAAAACCCAUUUAGCUGUUAAUACCUUACCCCCAAAGAACCUUGGUCAUUAUUCGAAGGAAACAGGAACAUUACUUCUAAAGCAGUGGCCUUCAAAGCCUUGUCCUGUUGGAGGAUCUUGCUAUAUUCUUCUGGGAGGCAGUGCAGGUGCUGGGAGGAAGGCUUGCUGUGCUGCUUUUCUUAACUCAUUUGAUGUAAGAGAGCACUGCAUUACCACUCUUGUACUGACAGCAGGACAGGUCAAAUAACUUACUGUUGAAUUCAGUACUCUGCAAAAUUUCAGAUCAGAGUUGAUGUGCCAAACAAUUCUACCAAUGAGAGAAGCAAUUGGGUACCAGUCUGGGGGCACCAAAAUAUGCAGAGGCUCAUCUGUCUCAAGGAGAGACAAGCUGUUUUUUACAACCAAGAAAACUCCCCUAUAACUAGAAAACGAGGUGAGACAGAAGCUUGGGAGGCCAGUGUAUGGAGAAUAAUCCUGAAGUCUUUCUCUGAGCAAAGAAAGCUGUUUUGGUAUGAAGAGAAACUUCCCAGCUGAGCUAGAGUCUGUUUCUGUGACACUUACGGUUCAAAGAGAAUUUUGAAUGCUUCCUGCAUUCCAGGAAAAACGAAUUCAGCAAACUAUGAUAGUUUAGUAAAUCAGACAAAUCCAACAACUCAGUCUGGGAGGAAGAAAAAUAAUGGAUGCUGUUGGCUCCCCUCAUCUGGCUUGUGGCCCUGGGCAGAGAUGCUCUGGGGUGGGAGGCAGGUGUGCCUGGGACAGGCCUGUGCCCACACUGGGACCUUGGGAGCCCAGCAGAUACCUGGGCAGAGUUUAAGAGUUGGGCUUGAAAAAAAUCACAGCCUCGUUUAAUUUAAGGCAGAAAGAGGAGAAUUUGAUCAUUUAGCUCAGCCUGCUGUAAUACAGGCCAUGGCAAAGUCCAGUGAGAUGUGGCUGAGCUUUGUCUUUCUUUUAGAAAGGCAGGUAGUAUAUUUGAAAGUCUUCCCUGGUUAGUUUUUCUAAUAGAAAAUUGCCCUUAUGGUUCAAAAUCUGCUUUAUUUCUAGACUCAAUUUUUCAGUUUCAUCUUUUGUUCCCUGAGCAUGCUUAUGCUUUUACCUAGUUAAGCAAUGCUGUCAGAUACUUUCUCCCUGCUUCCGUAUUUAUGUGCACUGUGAUCAAGUUGUCUCUUUAAUUUCCUUCAAUAAACUUAAUAGACUGAGA